AACCGAAUAUUCGUUUGUGAAAUUAGGGUUAGGGUUUGAAUAUUCAUCUGCGGCCAAGCCAUAUAUAAAUUCCCUUUACUAGCACUUUGAUUCUUCGGUAUAUCUUACGCUUUCCCACAGAUACAGUCACUGAACUGAAACAUCAACAGAGAAGAGAGCAAGAUGGCAGAGCAGACCUUUAUCAUGAUCAAGCCUGAUGGUGUUCAAAGAGGCCUCAUUGGUGAGAUUAUUAGCAGAUUUGAGAAGAAGGGUUUCUACUUGAAAGGUUUGAAGCUCAUUACUGUGGACCGUCCUUUUGCUGAGAAGCACUACUCAGACUUGUCUGCAAAGCCUUUCUUUAAUGGAUUGGUGGAUUACAUUAUAUCUGGCCCUGUUGUUGCCAUGGUUUGGGAGGGUAAGAAUGUUGUGACAACUGGCCGAAAGAUAAUCGGAGCCACAAACCCAGCUCAAUCUGAGCCUGGAACUAUUCGUGGUGACUUUGCUAUUGACAUUGGAAGGAAUGUUAUCCAUGGAAGUGAUGCUGUUGAAAGUGCCAACAAGGAAAUUGCAUUGUGGUUCCCUGAGGGCCCUGCUCAAUGGCAAAGCUGCCUCCACUCAUGGAUCUAUGAGUAAGAUAUAAGCCUCAGGUUGAUCGUUGAGUUGGCGUCAGUUGAUCCGGAGUUUCUACAUUUUCUGUUUAUCUAUAUUGCUGGAACUUUUGUUGGUGUUUGGUACCUUGUUUUGUAUGUCAAGUUUAGUUACUUAAUUUAUGUGGAAACAUGUUUACAGUGUGAUAAAUCAAAUCCCAAACUAGUUUGUUUUCCCUCA